AUGGACAACUCAAAGUCCCCGCAAAACUCGCCCCCUGACGACGACGACGUUCGUCCCGACAUGGCUGCCGCUGUCGCCCAGCCCGCCGUCCCGCCCCCGCCCCCCGCCAGCCCCCCCGCCGCGUCCACCGCUGCGCCGGCCGGUGUCGGCGUCAACAAGCGAUACCGCGCCGCUCCAGCCAAGACGUUCCAGUGCAGGGGCUACGGCGAAUGCAGGAUGGUUUUCAGUAGGAGCGAACAUCUCGCCAGGCACAUCAGGAAACACACCGGGGAGCGGCCGUUCACCUGCCAUUGCAGCAAGCAAUUUUCCCGGCUCGACAACCUCCGCCAGCAUGCGCAGACCGUGCACGCCGACAAGCAGGACCAGAACGAGCGCAUGAUGCACGAGCUCACCUCGCUCCACGCCAGCAUGACCGCCGCCAACAAGGGCGCCCCGGCCCGCGGGAAGCGCGCCCAGCUUCCCGCGCCUGACCCCGCCCUCACCGAUGCCGCCGAUCACGUCUCGGUCAAGCAGGAGGAGCCCUCGCACGUCCUUCCGCCCGUCCAUCAGCGCCCCGGCACCAGCACCGGCUACGAGGGAGGCUAUCACACCGGGAGUACCAUUCCUUUCGUGAUCCCGGCCAGUCCUUUCUUGCCCCCACCGCAUCCUCGCAGUCACCCGCCUCUGCUACCACAGCAGCGUCAGCCGCCCAGUCACACCAGCACCCCGGCCAGUCCUUUCGGAUCCCCUCCUACGCCUCUUUCAACUUCAGUCUCCCCGACAUCCCAGUCGGGGUUCGCCCCGGAUCUGGCAACGGCCCUGCGGCACACCCCGCCCGAUCCCUCCCGCCACUCGCUGCCGUCGUCUCCUCAUCCCUCGCUCGCGCCCUCCCUCUCCCGCCACCCCCCUUCCCCGCCCCGCCAUCUCACCAGCAGCAGCUCCAGCAACCCCUCACUCACUCCCAUGUACUACCCUUACCUACCCCAUCCCAAUAUGGCAUCUAUGCUCGACGGCCAUCCACAGCCACUCGCCCCGGAACCGCUCCCGCUGCAUACUACUACCCCGCUCUUUACCCUGCAGGAGCUGGAGCAGUACCGUCAAUGGCUCCGCUACGACCAGAACUACCACUUCCACAACCACCCUAUGCCCAUGGACGUCCCGGCGAGUCACUACGCCGACUCGGAACUGGCGGCGGCGCAGCAGCAGCAGCAGCAGCAGAUGCAGGAGGAUAUGAACGCGAGCCGACGUCUCCCGGGGGAGCAUACAACGACUCCCCAUUUUCCUUCCACGCUCCCGCCACUGCAACAGCCACGGACGCAUCCGCAGCUGCGCACGCGGGCCUCCCAGCCAAUCCUCGCAAGCGACCUUAUUCGGGAUCAGACGAUGAUGGCCCGCGUGAGCGAGGAGAUGCUGGCCGCGCAGUUAGCCGCGGCGGGCGCGUCGGGGAGUUCUACGGCGGGGACUACAACAACAACUACGACUACGGGGCCGAUUCUCGGCCCCAGUCUCGGCGCCUCUCCGUCAUGGAGCUCUGCAAUGACACCGAUGCAGAUGGAGCCCCCGUUCGACCAUUUCUUCCCGUACCCGCAGCAGCAGCAGCAGGCGGGCCCGACUCGCGGCCCACCACCACAUCCGGACUCUGCAUUGGCGCCGCGCAGCUCGCACUCGUCGAUCGGACACCCACUCCCACUCCCGACUCUCCAGGGGCCCAUCGCCGCGCAAGCCCACCGGUAUUCGCACGAGCUGCACCGCCAGCAGCGCCAGCAGCACGAUCGCCUCCGCCAGGCGCAGCGCGAGGGCCGCCGCUCGGAGCAGGCGUAUCUCCACCCGCAGCAGUACGUGGACUACCAGCACCCGUGCGCGGGUACGCAGCACGGGCGCCCCAGCCCGAGCCCCAGCAUCAGCCCGCAUGGACAGCAGGGCCCGGCGGACGCUCACCCGUACUUCCAGGGGCCGGCGCAAGGGUACCCGGAUGGGAGUGGGACGACGCUCGGGCGGGAUUCCGAGGAGGCGUAUCGACACCACGCAGCGAUGAUGGACGGAGCGUAUCACAUGAUGGACGCGGGGGAUCCGCUGGACCUGGUGGGAGUCCCCGGAGUGCAGGGGAGCAGCCCUGCGGGAAUGAUCAAGUACGAGUCGCCGCUGCCGUUGGAAUGA